AUGGGGUGGUGGUGGGUGCCCCUGAUGCUGGUCCUGGGCCCCUGGCUCCCUGGAAACCCAGGCAUCCAGGCAGGGGGACCUGGCUUGUGGCAGCGGGUGGCCCUGGCAUCCUGGCUCCCUGGGGUGCACCCCUGCCUGCUCUGCUUUGGGCCCCCCAUUCAGCGGGCACGGCUCUGCCGUGACAUUACUGGUGCCCCCCUCAAGGACCCCCGAAAUCGACACUGCCGUGAGGCCCUUGUCCAGGCUGCUGUGCCACUCGCCUCUGUCACUGUAGGGUCGGGGCAGCGCGAGGCACUUCAGGAGAUCGUCAUGGAUGCCCUGCAUUUUCUGGAGAAGCAGAGGGACAAAAAGCCCUUUGAGGUAUCUCUGCAGGAAGCCGUCAACAUAAUCUGGGUGAAGCUGAGCCAGCUGCAGGAAGCACCAGCCUGCAUCCCCCCCUGUGGGUACCAGCCAGCUGCCCGCGUCUUCCAGUGUGCUACCUGCCGGCUCGUGGACUGCCAGUUUCCCCUGGACUGCCCAGUGCAGGACAUGUGGGCCCGCGCGGAUGAAGCCGUCACACUGCACUGCGAUGUGCCCUUUGCCACUCCCCCUGACUUGCCCAUUACCUGGAUGUUUGCCAAGGAUCUGCGCACACAGGAUCUGGCGCUGUUUGAGGAGCUGCAGGGGAGUGCAGAGGGAUCUCUCAGUUUGACCCUCCAGGACCCCACUCCGGGAACCAUCACCUGUCACCUGGGGGUCCUUUCUGAGCCCUUGGUCCGCAAGUACUUCUACCUCAACGUAUCAGGCGGAAGCAUGGAGGCAGAGCAGGGACUCCAGGCUCGGUUCAGAGCUGUGCUGCGCUGGCCCCACGGCAGGACCCCCCUGCACCACACGGCAUCACUGGGGCUGGGGCUGGCACUUGGCUCCAUGGCACUCGUCCUGCUGCUGGUGUGAGUCCUCCUGACCUGGUAA